AUGGAAUCAUUUGGUGAUGAUGAUAACCUGUUGAUAACAAAUAACUAUGAGGAAGAUUAUAUCAAGAUUAAUGGAAAAUAGAAGAAAAACCAAAUUCAGCAGAGUUUUCAAUCGAUUUCUCAACUUAACAACGUGAGUUCCCAAAAUAGACGAGUUUAUAUUAAGAAGGAUAGGAAGACAUAGGUUCAAGAAACUCCUAAAUCUAUAACUCAGCAGCUUAAAUAAAGCUAUCAGUCAUACCAGAAUAUCUCAAGUUCUGGCAUCAAUCUAUUUAAUGAAAACUUUCUCUAAGAAUUCGGAUAUUUAAAUAAAAUAAAAUAUUACAAUGAGAUAACCAGUCCAAAUCAAAAUCUAGUCAAAUAGAAGAAAUCGAAUAAGAAAAAAAGAGAAUAAAAAAGUAUCAGAAAGACUGCAGUUAGUGCAAAACCUAGCAUUAUGAAAUAUAAUUACUCUUAGCUUGAAAAGCAAUCUUAAAAUUUCAGUGGAUCAAUCUAGCCAACAUUAACUGAGCUAGAAAUGAAAAUGGGCUUGUUUUACUUUAAAAAUCCAAAGACACUUUAAAUGGUUCAUUUAGAUCCUAAGUCUCCUAAAUAUCUUAGAGAGGAAGAACUGUUUUAAAAUUACAAGGAUUUAUUUAAAGUUUAAGAAGGUUUUGCUUUUAUAAAUGUAGAGCUAAUGAAUCACAAGAAUGAAUUAGAAUUAAGACAUUUAGUUUUUGGACUUAGAAAAGGAUGCUAGGUGAUAUAAGAAUUUGAUAGAGAUGAUGACACUGAGUAUACCUGCUUUAAAUUUGAUAAAGAUAGAAAAUUUAACUGGCAUAGCUCAAUGGUAGUAUUUGAUGGAAAUCAACUUAUAAUUACAGGUGGUGAAUCCGAUAGAGAACUUACCAUUGAAACUUUGAAAUUUAUACUCAAGAUUAAUAAAUAAAAUAAAAGAAUAGAGAUCCGACAAGAUGUGUCUUUCCCAAAGUUAAUCUAGAAAAGAUCAAGGCAUAAUUCAUUUAUUCAUAAAGAUUAUCUAUUUGUGAUGUUUGGAAAUGUUCUGACAAUUGAAUUCCUAAAUUUAAGGAGUUAGAAUGCUUAUUUUCAAUAGAUUGACAUUGAUAACACAUAUGAUAUACUAAAGCCGAUAGUAUUCAUGUAAGAGGAAGAUUAUCCUGAUAAAGUCUUUAUCUUUGGAGGGUCAUAAUAUAAAAGAUUUAAGAAUGAAAGAGAAGCUUUGCUGAUUGAGAUGAAAAUCACAUUUAUAUAAUAACAAGAAAAUUCUUUAUUUGUAGAAUUCGAUACCCGACUUAGUAUAUAAUAUAAAAGCCCGGUAUUCGAGCAGAACAUGCCAAAUAAAUGUUAUUACAAGGAUCAAGAUACAUGGUUAUUUUUGGAUGAAAAGGGAUAGCUAUAUAAAUAUGAAGAUAUGCUGGGAAAUUUAGCAAGAAUUAAAUCUGGAAAUGAAAAAAAAUAAAGCAUUGACUGUUCAUUAUUAUAAUUUCUUUGA